AUGUCGCAGGUGGACAUCACCCGUGUCAUGGGGCAGGUGCAAAACACCUGCGCGAAGUUGAACGCGCGCUAUGUGGAGUACGGGGUGAACUUCGUGGAGGACAGCGAGCACCUCACUGCCUUCCUCGAAGCGCACUCCCAUCCGUCCAAGCGGGUGGUCCAGGUGGAGGGGAUGGAUGGAGACGGCAACGCCGUCAAUCACACCUUCAAGCUGCACGGGCUGGAUGCGAAGAAGAAAGAGGAUCCCACGGGUGACGUCGAGUCCUGCGUGUCCCUCGCCACCCUGUUUGCGAAGGAGGUGAUCGGCAGGCUACAGUACCGCAUGCGAAGCUUGAAGUCCCUCGUUGGGUCCAAGCUAUUUCUGCCAGACGCCUAUCCGGAUGGCGUGAACAAGUGCGACCGUCUGUGCACAGAAUGGUUCAGCUCCCUUCGCAAGAUGUUCAACGCCGAGCAGUGCGCUCUGCCAGCCCCGCCAAUCCCCCCAACACUAUCCCUGUCCCUCGCCCCCUACCUUCCGCAACCGCCCCACCCAUUUCUUCUCCCCAUCCCCUCUCCCUUUCACCGUUCCUCCAGCCUCGAACGGGCGGCUCCAGUUAGUCCAGUCUCUUCCCACAACCGCAACCCCUCCUCUCGCCUUGUUACUCGCCCUCCCGAACCCUCCCUCGCGUUCACGUUGCCAACUGCAGCAGGGUAG